GGGCGCUAUAUAUCUCUUGUAAAUAUGCGGUACUUGCAAAUGCAACCGGUCCUGCCUCAACGCUGUGCUCGACGACGAUGUGCAUGCUAGCAGCAUAAUGUAGAACACAGAAGAACACGUGAGAAUCUCGGAGCUCUCGCUUCGAGGUUACUCUUGGUCUCGUGGUACUAUGUUCUACCAAUUACGAAGUUUCUGGUAGAUCAUAGCGUGUACGGCCCGGCGAUGAUAGUGUUCACCCCCAAAUCAUGAUGAUCUUGAUAACAAGUUGGACCGCUAAGCCCGCGCCGCCCACAAUAAGAUUGUUCCCUCAAUCGGUCAUCGCGUCAUCUCCCAUACUUCUGCAAUCAUCAUUUCAUGUCUCCUGAUCCUACGUCUCGGCAGCUGGACGAGGAAACGCCUUUACUUCGAUCAGAGGGAAACACGCCGGCGAAGAAACCACAGACACCUCUACCAUGGCGCCAGUUCUCGAUGCUCCUAGUGUUGCAGAUUGCAGAACCAAUGACAUCGCAAGUUAUCUCACCUUUUGCGCCUCAGCUCAUUCGUGACAUUGGGAUCACCCACGGAGAUGAAGCGCUCGUUUCGUUUUAUGUUGGGCUAUACUCGCUGUUCUUUGCGACAGAAGCGCUUACCAUUUUCCACUGGAGUCGUCUCUCUGACUAUAUCGGUCGCAAACCUGUCCUGCUGAUUGGACUGUUCGGACUCUCCCUCUCAAUGUUCUGCUUCGGUUUGUCCAAGACAUUCUGGACCUUGGUAAUAAGUCGUUGCCUGAAUGGUGCACUCAAUGGCAACAUUGGCGUUAUGAAGAGCAUGGUGGCUGAGAUGACAGAUUCCACUAAUAUGGCCCGUGCAUGGGCAUUCCUCCCUCUUGCCUGGUCCAGCGGUAGCACACUUGGGCCACUCAUUGGUGGAGGACUUGCGCGACCUGCAGACAGGUUCCCAAAUAUCUUUGGGGGUUCUGAAUUUCUGAAGAAAUAUCCAUACUUCUUGCCGUGCGCGGUCCCUGCCACGGUAUCAGCGUUAUCAUGGAUUAUCACUUUUCUUUUCUUGAAUGAGACCACAACUCCCAAAAUAAACAUUAGCCAACUGCUACCUUGGCAAAAGCGCAAUAGUGUUCUUUCACCCGCUCUAGAAACUCCGCCGGCAUCAUUUUCGAUCGGCGAUCAGCCCGUCCCCAUUCGAGCUCUUUUCGUUCGCCGUGUACUCAUUGCAACCGGGAGCUACGCCGGUAUUGCCCUUGUUGAUGUCGCAUUUCGCACUGUACAACCCGUGUUCUAUGCUACUCCCAUAUCGCUGGGUGGUCUAGCUAUCUUGGCGGUCCAAGGAACUGCAGUUGGCGUAAUACAGCUAUUAGCCUUUGCCAAGCUUCAUGAUAUCAUGGGUGCGAAAAAACUUUGGCUGUUCGCUAUGACGUGCGCCCUGCCUAUGGUCGCUCUUUUUCCGGCCUUGAAUGUGCUAGCGAGAUCUAGUGGCGUUGUUCAGAGUGUAUGGUAUUUGGUGGGCCUACAGCUCGCUCUUACGAGCUGUACAAACUUUGCAUAUGCCGUCUCGUUUAUAUAUAUCGCUGCAGCUUCUCCUAACCGAGCGUCCGUGGGCGCGACAAACGGGUUCGCACAAGUGAUCGUCUCUGUUCUGCGUGCUGUUGGACCGGCUGCAGCUAACUCCGCGUUCUCAAUUAGCAUUGAGAGACAGUAUCUUGGGGGAAAUCUGGUGUAUUGUGUAAUGGCAGGUAUGGUGUGCAUGGCGAUGGGCGUUGGCGUCUUGCUACCCUCGUACCAUGUGGACUAAGUAGCUUAGAACGAGGAUAAUUUCAUUGGUCUGGUCGAUGCGAUUGUGAUCGUAGUCUCGAACCAAACGUUCGAGGACCUCCCCGACUCUACUUUCCAGACCGCCUGGCUCGCGAUGACUUAUUAUCCGGAAAGUAGAUGACGGGCAUCCUGUCCUGAACAUUAAUUGUCGACAUGAGACUGGCUGCAGGGCACACGUACUUGAACAUGACCUUUGCAGCAUCCUAUCAGGCAGUUUGUGUCCUGACGUACCAGGGAGUCCCAUAUUUCGCAACAUUUUUCUUCAAAAAACCCAGGGCUCGAGGUUGACCGGAUGCUCGCAUGAAAAUUCUUAUCUGAGUUAUUGACCGAAGAGCAACCUGAGGAAUUUCUUCCCUAGACACCACAUACGAAUCCGGAGGCGGAUAGAUCGGCAUUCACCCCCACUCUGAACAUUAUUUUGGUCUAGAUGGACGAGGAAGGUAGUCAUAUUAAUGCCU